GAGCAGCGAGCGCCUCCGCGAGCGCCUGGCGGAGGGCGCCAGCCUCCCCGCGGGCCACCACGGCUCCUCACCUGGGAGGACGGCGGGCCACGGCGGCGCGGGCGGCGGCAGCAAAGCGAGCUGGGACUGCUCCUGCGGGGCCAGGGGCAACUGGGCAUCUCGGGUUGCCUGCCGCGCGUGCGGCGCCGAGCGGCCGCCGCGGGCGAAGCCGCGAUCCGCGUCGACUUCGGCACGCGGGCCUCGCGGCGGCGCCGCGGCUAGCACCAGCAAGGAGAUCAAGGCCCUGCGGCGCGAGCUCGACGGCCUCCAGAAGGAGAACAAGGCGCUGCAGCGCUCGGCCUCGAAGGGCGCCCCAGAGGCGGCGGGCGCCGCUGGCGAGGAGGAGGCACGCGGCAACGACAGGGUGGCGGAGCUGCGGGGCCUCAUCUUGAAGUUGGAAGCCCUAGGCAGCUCGGACGAGGCAAUGGUGUCGCUCCUCGCGCCCUACCGCAGCGAGAUGGCCCGACUCCAGGAAGAGCUGCGCCAGGCCAAGCCGCCGCAAGAGCAGCUGCGGGCGGUCGACGCACAGAUGGGCGAGCUGGGCAAGCGCAGCGUGGCGAAGCAGGAGCAGGUCGCCAAGCGGAAGGAGGCCCUCGCCAACGCCGAGAAGGAGCUCGAGGCGGUGCUGGCCGAGCGCGCCGCCUUCAGCGCGGGGCGCGCCAAGGUCGCGGUGACCCACCUGGCGGAGCUUGCGACCAAGGCCGCCACGCCAGCCGAGCGAGAGCGGCUCUUCCUGGACUCCCUCGGCAACCUCAAGGCCGCGGUGGUGGGCCAGGCCCCCUCGGAGGUCGCGGCCGCGGUGCAGCUCGUCGUGGAGCGGGGAAAGCAGGGGGCCGCCAACGUCGCCGCGCCGCCCAGGCCUGCUGAUCUGGUGGGCCCAGACGGCGAUGGCGACCGCCCUGCCUCGGGCUUCAGCCGCGAGAAGAUCCGCGGCGCCAUCGCAGCAUCCCGCGCCAUGGCAGGAGGGCGACCAGCCCGGCAGCGGCGCGCCCGCCCGAGACGCAAGGACACGUUCGAGAUCAUGACGGUCAACGGAUAUGGCCGGGGCCCGCUCACCCAGCUUUGGCAGGACGCGGAGGCUGGCGCUGGGUUCGUGGAGAGCCACCGCGCGGACGUGUGGCUCGUUCAGGCCGUCCUGGCGCCUGGCGCGGCUGGCAGCGGCGGCGCUGGAGGCGCCCGCGCGGCCUCGGGCGGCGCCAGGGUCGCCGCCCCCGCCACGCGCGGCCCGGCCAGCGCCAGUACGGCGGGCAGCGGCCGCGUGACCUGCAGCGACGGGCGCGGCAUCGUCGCCGUGACGGACGCGGCCCGCCGCGGCGGACUCGCCCUCGGCAGCAUCUACCUCGCCAAAGACACGGUGGGGGAGGCAUCCCAGUGGGCCCUCGUCGAGAUCGGCGACGCGCCGGUGCCCCAGGGCAGGCCGCGGGUCCUCGGCGGCGACUUCAAUGCCGCGCCCGACGCCUUCAAGGCGCAGGCGGGCUGGUGGCUGGAGGCGGCGCAGGGCGCCAUCGUGCAGUCGGCCGAGGGCGAGACCUGCUUCCAGGCGGCCGUGCCCACCAACCUCGACUACUUCAUCGCGCACCGCGACCUGGCGGAGCCCUACUGCGCCGUCAAGCUCGCGCUGAACGCGCGCAUGGAGAUCGCGCCCGCGCGGGCCCUGAGGCAGCCAAGGGCCUUCCCGAGGGAGCUGCCCAUCGGCCCGCGGCGCGAGGCCGCCACCCCGUCGGCCGACCAGCAGGCGCUGGCGGCCUCGGCGCAGGCGCACUGCGGGCGCGGCCAGGAGCCCGAGGAGCGCCGGGCGCGCCAGCCGCCCGACCACCCGCAGAUCUCGGGCGGCCCCAAGUCGAGCGGGCAGGCGCGGCACCUCCUCGCCGCGGCCGGCUACCUGGACAACGUAGCCGCGCUGGCGGCCGCGGCCGUCGCGACCGCCGACGCCCCGGCGGCGCUGGCCACCGAAGCCCGAGCUGGGGCCGACGGGCCGGCUGCCGAGCACGGCCGCCGCCGCCACGAGCGCUUCAACAGGCGGGUACUGGGGGCGCUCGAGCACGGCGCAGGCGGGCCCCACGCACGGCGGCGCGGCCCGCGCGGCCGGCAGGAGGGCGAGCUGGACAUGCUAGGCGCCCCGAGGGCGGGCCAGCGCGAGGCGGGCGCCGUCGACAGGCACUGGGCGCACGAGGUCUGGGGCACGGCCGACGGCCCCGACGGGCGGCAGGACUUCGAGCGGCAUACGGACUCGGAGGCGCUGCCCAGGCCGACGGCGGCCGAGUGGCUGGACGCCGCCAAGUCGUUCGCGGGGCGCACGGGCACGGGCGUCGACCGCGCCCAGGUGUCCGCGGCCACCGCCGAGCUCUUCGUGGACAUCGGCAUGGCGGCCGAGGGGUGGGGCGGCUGGCCGCUGGCAGCGCGGGCGACGCCCAUCGCGAUGCUACCCGAGCCCGCGGGCGGCUGGCGGCCCAUCGGGCUGCUCUCCAGCAUCCCGCGGAUCUGGAACAAGCUCGGGCUGGCCGAGGCGCGGCGCUGGGAGGGCGCUCGGCCCAGGAAACCGCGCGAGGCGGCGGGGGCACAGCAGCUCCACGGAGCCGCGCUGCUGAUCGACCUCGAGAAGGCGCGCGAGACGGCGCGGCUGGCCCGCGCCGAGCGCCUGGCGCGCACACUGGACGCGGGCCCGCUGGCUGGCUGCCCGCGCGCGGGGAGGGCCCUGAAGGCGGCGAUGCCACCAGCGACGAGGGCGCACUUAGAGGGGCACGGCGCCCGCAGCAGCUGCGAGCCGAAGUCCGACACGCACAUCUUCUACGCCGACACGACCGCGGCCAGCUACGGGCGCGCCCCGCGGGCGAUCGCAACGCACUUGAUGAGGGCAGGGGCCGCGGCGGCAGCGGGUCUGACCGCGCUCGGCCGCGGGAUCUCGGGGGCCCAGACGGAGGCAGCGGCAACCGACCCGCCGACGCGCAACGAGGCCCAGGCGGCGCCAAAGGCCAGCACCCUGAGUGCCAAGCCAACGAAGGUCACGAAGAACACGGGCGUGGAUUUCUGCUUGGACGGCUCGGCCGCGGCGGGGGCGCCGAGGAGGCGGCACGCCAAGGCCCGCGACCUGCUCGGGCGGGCGGCACCCCCGGCUUGGGGCCGCGGGCUCGCGCGGGACCACAUCGACACCGCCAGCGACAUGCUGCGGGCGUGGCGGCACGCCGCGCAGGUUCGCCACAAGCAAGGGCCUGGCGCCCCGGCGGGGCGCGGCCCCGCGGCGGCGGCGCCGCUCGCGCUCGAGCGGCUGGGCUGGAGCCCCACGGCGAUGCACCGCUGGGCCGCGGACGUCGGCGCGACGCUGAAGCUCGAGGAGAUCGGCGGCCACGCGCUCCGCAGGCACAUCCGCGACUCGCACCAGCGGCGGCUCUGGCGCGAGGCCGCGGCUCGCGACGAGGACCUCGGGCGCGCGGCCAGCGGCGCAGCCGCCCGCGGCCUCCGACGGCGGCUGCUCGCCGCCAGGGCGACCCCCGAGCGGCGGGCGCGGUGGUCCAGCGCCCGCAACGCGGCCCCCAGCGGUCUCUGGCCAAUGCCCCGCCGAGCCGCCCUCGACCCGCCGCUGCGCCGCUCGGGGGCCUGCCCCGCAGGGUGCAGCGGCCGCGGCACGGCGCGGCACCGCGCCUGGAGGCGCCCCGCCCUUGCAGCGGAGAGGCGCGACGCCAUCGCGGGCGACGAAGUGCUGCAGGCCUUCCCCGACGCUUCCGAAGCGUCCGACAGCGAGGCAGCGACCACGGGCCACGCGGCCUUGGCGGGCGCCAGCGUCCUGUACACCGACGGCUCGGCGAUGCGCGACAAGGCGGGGCCGCCCGAGGACGCGAACGCGGGCGAGAUCCGGGCUGCAGCCCGCGCCCUGCGCUGGGGCCUGCCAGGCGCGGACGGCAUCCUGGAGAUCAGGAUGGACUGCAAGCUGCUCGUGACGGGCUUCACCGCGGGCAAGGCCCGGUGUUGUGCGUGGGACCGCCCGAACCUGGAGGUGCGGCGCGAGUUUUGGCAGGCCGUGGGCGGCUUCGGCGGCCAGCAGUACGUGCGGGUCACCAAGGUGAAGGGGCACGCCACGCUCCGCUCGGUCCGCGACGGCCACACCCGGAUGGACGACUACGAGGGCAACCGCGCCGCGGACGGUUUCGCCAAGAAGGGCGCGGGGCCCCACCCCACGAGCGAGGCGGCGGUGGAGCGCAUCGAGCUGGCCGACGCGAUCGCGGCGGCGACGGCCCGCUGGCUCGGCGAGGCGCUGCAGCUGGGGAGAGCCGCCCUCACGGCGGCCGACGGCGCGGACGCGGGCGCGGCGGAGUCCACAUGCUGCGGGCGCGGAUGCGGGCGGCGGGGCGCCGCGCGCUGCCGCGACGGCGGGCCAGGCUGCAGACGCUGGCCAUGCGGCGCGCACGGCACGGCGGCCUCGGACGUGAACGGGACGCGCUGGCUCUGCGACGCCUGCGCGG